UUGGCGGGCGGGGCUGUCGGUCGGCGCGGGCCGUGAGGCGGCGGCGAUGUGGGCGCGGGAGCUGGCGGUGUCGGCGCCGGGCAAGGUGAUCCUGCAUGGGGAGCACGCCGUGGUGCUGGGCAAGGUGGCCCUGGCCGUGGCGCUGGACCUGCGGACGUUUCUCCGCCUGCGUCCCGGCGCUGAGGGCCGGCUGAGCGUCUCCCUGCCCGGCGUCGGCGUGCGGAGGAGCUGGGACACCCCCGGCCUCCGGGCCCUGCGGGGGCGGAUCGCAGCUGAUGCUGAUGAGUCCAAGUCCCCCAGCGUAGAACAGCUGGAUGCACUGAGGGAGUUUGCUGGAAUUGCUGCUGGGGCCUCAGCUCCAGAAAGUCUUGCUACUCUUGCCUUCCUGUAUAUGUGCCUGGCUAUUUCUGCUAAGUAUGGGGAUGUUCCCAGUGUGGAUAUCGUGGUGUGGUCGGAGCUGCCCACGGGCGCAGGGCUGGGAUCCAGCGCUGCCUAUGCUGUGUGCCUGGCUGCUGCCCUGCUCAUGGUGUGUGGAGCCAUCUCCUGCCCGCUGCAGGAGGGAGAAUCCACUGCCAGGUGGACAGAAGAAGAGCUGACACUGAUUAACAGCUGGGCCUUCCGAGGGGAGCAGGUGAUCCAUGGCAAUCCAUCGGGUGUGGACAAUGCUGUUGGCACCUGGGGUGGAGCCCUGAGAUACCAAGCAGGAAAAAUCACACCGUUAAAGAGGGUGCCCACACUGAGGAUCUUGCUGACCAACACCAAAGUCCCUCGGAGCACCAAGAUCCUGGUGGCUGGUGUAAAGGAGAAGAUCCUGAAGUUCCCUGCCAUAAUGAACCCGGUGCUGGACUCCAUCGAUGCCAUUUCUCAGGAGUGCCAAAGUGUUCUGGAAGCAAUGCCUGCACAUCCAUCACCAGAGCAUUACCCUGUGCUGGAGGAAUUCUUUGACAUAAACCAACACCACUUAAAUGUGCUCGGAGUGGGCCACCCCUCCCUGGACAGGCUGUGCCAGGUGACAGCAUCCCACAGCCUGCACAGCAAACUGACAGGAGCUGGUGGAGGUGGCUGUGGCAUCACUCUGCUGCCACCAGAUCCUGUCAUUUUAAUCCCUCCUGGAUGCCGGGCACCAGCUUCGAGCCCUGCCCACUUCCAGGGUGCUCUCCAAGAAAACCCCGUGGCCGAUUCCUCCUGCAUGGCAGGAAACCCAGGGCACAUCCAGGCAGCUCCGGCGCUGCUCCGGCACGGUCCCGGUGCUGGCGCCGUGGCACAGCCGGGCUGCUGCUCACCGGCGUGGGUUCACCGUCCUCCCUCUUCGAUUCAUCAAGGGCAUGACAGCUAAAAUUCAUUUGAAGAUGAAGAAAGUGCCGGCUAAUCCUUUCUGGGAGACAGUGAUAGACUGGCGGCUCGGGAAGAAUUGCACAGCAGUAAUGAAAUUAGGCUAAAACUGCUGGCGGAUAGCAGAUAAUUGCCCUUGUCUGUCACGAGGAAUAACAUCUCCCAAAUCCAACACAAUGAUUGUUAAAGUUGCAGGAAUUUAUUUUAUUUAUUUUGUGGGCUCGGGAUUGGCUUUCUGAAGGUCUUUCCCAGGAAAAUAAAGGAGCGGGAGCUGCGCGCUCGCCUCCCGCCUUCCCCGGGUGCUUCCGCCACCGCGGCAGCUCGUUAGCCCUGACGAAGCAGCAUCACCACGAUGACAAGGACACCCCGCAGGGGCCACUCCGGGGAGCAGGAGCUGAACCAGCCGGCACAAGCUGCUUGGAAGAGCUGCUGGAGGAGCCACUCCAUCCCCAGCUCCCGCUGACCUUCUGGCGCUUUCCAGGAGGAAUCCAUCACCAGCUCCGGGUGCUGCCUGGUGCUGGGGCACGUCUCGGUGCCACGGUGGCCACACAAGUCCCGGUGCCGUGUCCAGGCUGACCAGCAGCCGUUUGUUUUGUAAUUGAUGGGGCGGUGGCGGCCCAGCGCGGGUGAGUGACUGCGCCGGCCGGCGACGGCGAUGUUUUAUCCGCCGGGGCUGGCACGGGUAAUUUACUGUGCUCGGCAAUAACAUAUUUCACUUCCCGUCUCCCAGAUGAAGAUUACUUGUGUUUGAAAGUGCCUGAACACACACUCAAUUCUGCUUAAACGCUCGCAGCCAGCCGAGCGCGGCUCGGCCCCGCGCCGGGGUGGCACAGGGACGGGGAUGGGGACAAGGAUGGGGACAGGCUGGAGCACGGCCCCUGCUCCCUCUGGAGCCACUGGGGAGAACCCCGCGCAGCGCCCGGCACGGCGGCUGGAAAUAUUCCAUCCACCUUCCCUGACAUUUCGUCUGGCCGGCCAAGGAGCUCCGUGGCAUUUCCGAGAGGGGCUGGGGAAAGGUCAGGGGGUGGAAAAGGUUGGCAGGGUCGGUGCUCCUGCCUCAUCCCGAGGCUGCUCCUGACCCCCCCGGACAACUGCAGCCCCAGGGCUGGAUAUCCCUUCCAGGGCUGUGAUGUCCCUUCCAGGGCUGGGAUGUCCCUUCCAGUGCUGGGAUAUCCCUUCCAGUGCUGGGAUAUCCAUUCCAGUGCUGGGAUAUCCCUUCCAGGGCUGGGAUAUCCCUUCCAGUGUGGGAAUGCCAGGUGCUGUUCUGGGAUGCCCGAGCCACCUGAGCGAUGAGUCAGCACCAGCAAGGAGGGUUCUCUGCGCACCUCCAGGAGCUCCCUGUGAGAGGCAGGUGUGAGGGUGGGCAGGAGCUGGGGCUGCAGGAGUGAGGGGCUCAGAGCUUUGGGGACGUGGCGGGACCGUGCUGCCAGGGCUGGAUCCUGUCCAGCUCCUUCUCUUGCUCCCGGUGGGCUCUGGGCAGAGCCGAGCUGGGGGUGUGGAAGCCCAAGGCUGACCCUGCUGACCCCCUGUGGCCCCUGGGUGGGGUGCUGGCCCCAGUGCUGCCGCUCGUCCUGCCGGUGCUGGCGCGUCCCCAGCGUUCCCGCUGCCGUUAAUGGAUGCUGAUGUGUCACCCAGCCCAUUUGUCUUCAUUUGGUGCCAGCCGGUGGCUGCGGGGACACGCCAGGGCUGGGCACAACGCCCUGGAGCCGCGGCCUGGCCCAGCAGCAGGAUGGGGGAUGGCACGGCCAGCACAACCAGGAGUGGAUGUUGAUCUCCAUUCCCAUUCCCAGUGAGAAUCCCUGGUCGCUUUGCAGGCAGGGACAGCCAGCCUGAGACCCCAGCAGGGCUGGGGACACCUUCCUUGUUUGUGGCACGAGCUCUGUGUGCCACCGAGCCCGCUGAGCCGGUGUCCCAGGGCAGGUGGGCGUGGAUUUGGGGGCACAGCAAGGCAGGGACCAGAUGGGCUGGCCCAGAGGUCCCUCCAGCUCCCCAUGGCCACCAUCAUCCUCCCUCAUGGCACCGUCACCACCGUGUCCCACCAGAUUCCGGGAUGGAACCUCUCCGCUGGAGCUGGGUGAUUUCUGAUUAAGGAUUACUGUACCAUCGGCUUCGGUUUGAUUGCAGAUGUUUUUAAUUAUAUCGUAUAAGAUCGUAUUAUGUAAUUGCAUUUAUCUGAUUGAAGCCUUAAUUGUAGGAUUUCAUAAUGGUUUGACUGGGUAAAUACACCGUCGCGUCUGUUGUCCCCCACCGAAAAUUAGGUGCUUCAUGUCUUUAUUGCAUUAUCCUGGAGAGGAGCUUAAAUUGGGAAGGAAGGAAUUAGGAGAGAGAGAAAGAAGGAAAGGCGAGUUUGUCAUAGGAUCACAGAACCCUGGAAUGGUUUG